GGCCAUUUUACCGCUCAUCAUAUUGGUGUCACCUCGGUAUGUGGCCAAGCCGCAGGCUCCCCUAAGCAACGAACAUCACGGUUGCCUGCGAAAGGCAACAAGUGGUGACCCCGACGUGAUGCUUAGGGGAACGACUCGGCUGUCUGCUUGACGGGGCAGGAGCCCACCGCGGGGCGUUAGCACUUGCUGGGCGGUGGAAGCCCGGGGACGAGCCUGGGGACAGAGGGAAUCUGCAGUCACCCCUCUGUCGGCAGAGGUCGCGGACGAGCGACGGAUAUAGCCUCCGGAAUCACACCGGAGAAGAGCCUGGGAUCCUGGUCUCAAUCGGGAGGAGGAUUGGAGGCGACAUGGAAACCGUCAUAAAGGUGAUCGCUCACGCGUGUAAGACCUAUCACGGGAAGCAUGCUCCUUCUCAGGAGAUUGAUGCGGUCCUCUCGUUGCUUGAGAGGGAGGGGCUGUUAACAUCGCCCCACGAUAUUUGUGACCACAAUAAUUGGGAUUCGAUUACCGCUGCCUUAUCCCAACGAGCAAUGGUCACUCAGAAAACAGCGGAGUUAAAAACUUGGGGUCUGAUACUGGGGGCGUUGAAAGCGGCCAGAGUAGAGGGAAAGGUAUUGGCAGAGGCUCGAUACCUUUUGGGUCUCGGCGGAGGAGGCGAGACAAAGGACCCGGUCGGGUCCGAUGGGGACUCGGUAGCAGUUUCUUGCAGGGGCCGAGAGGAGACGGAGCCGCCAAUGACCGUUGGCGAGAUGGCGCCGGCUGAGCCGACUGCGCUCAGUUCAAAAGAAGACAAACAACAAGAGAGUGAAAGUUUGUUGUCUCGUCCCCCUCCCCCGUAUCCGAACCCCUCAGGCGGAACGUUGUAUCCUUUAUCAGAAUUACGUCAGUGUUACCUGACUCAAGGGGGCGGAGGAAGCUGUGAUCUACAUGGGCAGGAUCAACUUAGUGCCCACAUGGGGAGGGACCAGACGAAAGGUCCGUCCAAUGCGGACAGGGGGCAUAGCCCACCGUCUCUGGUCACUCCCAGGGGCGGUAGUGCGAGUGAUAGUGUAGAGGAGAAAGAAGGGACUGGCUUUGAGUGCAGGGGGAGGGAUCAAAUGACGGACUGGAAUGGGAUUAGAUCGGAGGCUUUGGGAAAGGGUAUAGUUCCAGAGGCAUUCCGGGUGAUUGUGAGUGAUCGUGGUCCCGAAUGGGUGCCGCCUGACCCCGGGGGUGUUACGCGCCUGGUGGAAUUUAUGGAUAAAAGAGGCCUGAAAUCGCCUCUGACAUUAAAUGCACUACAAACUUUGGCUGCACUGGGGCCUCUCCUCCCCCGUGACAUCACAAACUUAAUGCGUAUGGUGCUCAGGCUGGUUCAGUAUACGUUAUGGGAGACAGACUGGAUGGCCGAGUUGGGGGGCCGUGCCGGGGCGACAGGGGUCGGCCCGCGCCGCUCCCUGCAUGGGACCGGCAUACAGCGGCUUUCAGGGAAGGCCGUGGGAGUGGCUUCGCCCCAGGGCCAGCUAGCGAGACUAAGGCCAGGGGAGCUAAUAGCAGCCACAGAUGCAAUGGUGGAAGCGUUUAAUAAACUUGUGCAUAAGGCCGAACCACCUACCCCGUGCACAGAUAUUACCCAGGGCCCGAAUGAAUCCUUUCAAAGCUUUACAGACAGGCUUUUAGCUGCUGCAGAGGGGUCUGAUCUCCUGGAACCAGCCCAAGGGCCAGUGAUCAUUGACUGCUUGCAGCAGAAAUCGCAUGACAAUGUUAAGGCAUUGCUGCGAGCCGGCCGAAGUAUGCUUAAUACCCCGGGAGAAGUUAUUCAGUAUGUCUUAGAUAAGCUCAAGGUGGCUCAUUUAACUAAUGAAGGGCUAGCCACAGCUAUUGUAGUAGCUGUUGGCCCGCGACAGCAAAGAUCGAUGCAGCAGCAAGGGCUGUGUUUCCGAUACGGCCAGUAUGGCCAUGUUAGAGUACAGUGCCCCUGUGGGGGAGGCCAGUAAGGGCCUCCUGAUCACAGGAAGGGAUUGCUAAAGGGUAUCAGUCAUCGGGUAUGUGGCAGUUAAACAUCAUGAAUCUGGGAAAAAUUCUGUGGGUACCAUCAUGAAAAGUAAUACCAGAUAUAAGUAACAUAUCUGCAAAAACUGAGUCUAGGUGCGAGUUUUCUACAGAAAUUCUUCGUUGGCAAACCGAAGCCAACUCCAGAACAACUGAGGGACAGACGAUGGGAUCAAGAACCAUUCAUCAAGAGGAGCACUACACCUGCAACGCUGACACUUCCAAUGUUGCCGAUGUUUAUGGUGUCCCUGGCGAUUACAGCGUGUUGCAAACAACUACAAUGGACACAAUAACAUCUGCAGAAGAUUAAAGAAGAGCGUGAUCCCUUUGAGAACUGGCUGAACAGAGUGUUUGGGGGAACGGGUUCAUGGUUAAAGCAAUUGCUUAAGGUUUUCGCAAUAGGGUUUGCAAUCUUUGUGUGUAUUCUAAUCUGUCUUCCACGCUUUGCAGGAUGCUUGUAGAACUGCCUUCAGCGAAUUAUGGACAAGACUUUUGACUAUCAGAUUGAGUAUCAUAGACUGCGUGAAAAGUUGUAGAAGGGUUUAGGUUGUUGCGUUCGUGCUGUAACGGGGCAAGGCUUGGCCGAGCACGGGAAAGGAUUCCCUGUUGCUCUGAUGUUUGCUUAAGAAUUGUAGAAAGUAGUAGGAAUAGUGUGCUAAAAUAUAUUUAGGAUUAGGCGUUUUGCGCUGCUUCGCGAUGUACGGGUUAGGCGUGUGUGUAAGUAGUAUAUAGCUUAGGGAGGGGGAGAUGUUGUAGUAAGCGUCUUGCGGGGGCACGGGAUGUACGGGACAGGCCUCUCCCUAAGCAUAGAGAGACAGUGCUAUCGUGCUGACCUUGAUGCAGAGAAAACAGGAGAAGAAGAAGAAUGAGAAAAGAAUGUGGAGAUGGCCAAAUAGGGCACGGUGUUGUCUGGUAUGAACCAAUCAGAGUGGGACAUGACAGCACGGUUUUGUAGAUAAAAAUGUAAUAUAAGCUGUGUUUAGUAGUGAAUAGAGGCCAUUUUACCGCUCAUCAUAUUGGUGUCACCUCGGUAUGUGGCCAAGCCGCAGGCUCCCCUAAGCAACGAACAUCACGGUUGCCUGCGAAAGGCAACACCUGCCCUGAAGGACUUAUGACAGAUGGAGCCCCAAGUCAAGGACUAAAUGAACUCCAUGGACAAUUUACAUGGAUGGCCAAUAGAUCAUGGAACUAUAUCUGUGUGUAUACAUCAAAAAGUAAGACAGAUGAUGGUAAUUAGUUAGGAUGUAUGUAAAACUGUGGGACCUGAGCAUGGUGUAAAUGGUAUGGAAAAGAGGUAGAUGUUUCAGCUGGGGCAGUUGUUUUUCUUCAUAGCGUUUGGUAUGAUGCUAUGUUUUGGCUUUAGGAGAAAAACAAUGUUGAUAACACAUCGAUGUUUUAGUUGUUGCUAAGCAGUGCUGCACAGAGCCAAGGAUGAUUCAGCUUUUCAUACUGUCCUGCCAGUGAGGGGCUAGGGGAAGGGGGGGGAAUAAAUCAGGACAGUUGACCUAAACUGGCCAAAGGGAUACUCCAUACUAUAUGACAACAUGCAAAAUACUAUCAAAUUGAGGGGAGUUGGCUGAGAGAAGGGCUGCUGCUCAGGGACUGACUGGGCAUCAGUUGGCAUGUGGUGAGCAAUUGUGCCGUGCAUCACUUUUUCUUUGCAUAUAUAUAUGUACAUAUAUAUAUAUAAUCAUUACUGUUAUUUCUCUCUUCCUUUUCUUAGUAGAUUGAAAUAAAAACUAUUCACAA